AUGGACCCAGACACCAGCACCUCAUAUUUCCGGACCACUGAGGCCCAAAGGGAACCCACAGAUACAGCUGCUGGACAUGAGUACUCUAAGAACUACACCAAGGAAACUGCAAACUUGACCAAGAAAAAACCUACGCAGAAGAGGCAGAGGAGUACAUCUUCUUCAUCCCUGGGCCAAAGGAAUGUCGUGGGCUGCCGUAUUUCUCACAAGUGGAAGGAAAGAGAUUGUCCCAUCACCCAUUGGAGAGGAACGGUUCUAGAUCAGGUGGCCAUAAAUCCCUCUGUCUAUCAGGUGAAAUACAAUGGGAUAGAUUGCAUUUAUGGACUAGAACUUCAUCAAGAUGAAAGAGUGUUGUCCCUUAAAGUGCUCUCUGAUACAGUAAAUUCAUUCCCAGUCCCUGAUCCCAACCUUGUUGAUACCAUAAUUGGCAAAGUGGUGGAUCACAUAUUUGAGAAUGAGCAUGGCUCAAAAGAUAAAUGGAGGAACAAGGUUCUGGCACAAGCCCCUAUCCUUAAUACCUUCUUUUACAUUACCUGUGUGAAUGAACCCAUCUUAUACAUGUAUGAGCUUCUGGAUGAUUACAAAGAGGGCGAUCUCCGAAUCCUGCCAGUUUAUAAUGAGAUUCCUCCACUAAAUGUGGAUCUGAAAUUUGUGGGUGGUCUGAUAGGAAAACAUGUUGAAUAUACCAAUGAUGAUGGAACCAAAAGAGAGGGCAAGAUAAUUGAAAAAGUAGAAGCCCUACCAUCAGUGUAUCUUAUCAAAUUUGACAAUGCUUUUAAGUAUGUUGGGAGCUCGCCAUGGGCAUAA